AUGUUGGACGCUAUUAUCUUUGCAGCGCUAACGCAAUUGAAUUGUCUGAAUUUGAGCCGUAAUAAAAUCCGGGAAUUGCCCGAAAGUUUGUUUGCAUAUCAGCGUCAACUUUUCAUACUGGAUCUGAGUCACAAUUUAUUGACACAUUUACCGCCACACCUUUUUGAUCACACUCCUUAUCUAUGGCAGUUGAAACUUGAUGGCAAUAAACUACACGACACCACAAAUCUUAUUGAAAAUCUAAAACCGCUGCAUUAUCUUCAUAGGUUAGACGUAAGCCAGAAUCAACUGCAAACUAUUUGGAGCACCGAUACUUCUGUCGAUAGAACGCCAAGGUUACUGGCAAAUUUUCGAUACAGCAUGAGUUUGGCUUUAGCCGACGGUCUUAAUUAUAUUAGCAAGUUGCAACCAGAAAAUUGGAAUGAAGGUGGCAAGAUUAACUCAGUAGUAAUAAAUUUAUGUGGCAAUCGUUUGCGCGAAUUCACUUUGGAUUGGCUUACUUGCCCUUAUGAAAUAAACCUAGAGCACAAUCUGAUUGAAAACAUUUUUGCUUUACAAAAUUUCUGCAGUGCAACUGACAAUUGUGUGCCCGAAAUCAAAAUGACUGGUAAUCCGAUCGUGUGCGAUUGUAAAUUAGCUUGGAUUUACAAUGUAAACUAUCGUUCGCUGUUUAAUGGUUUACAGUGCAUUCAGACGUCAACCAAACUAGUAAAGGAUCUCGCGCAGCUGGAACGUAAAGAACUGUGUGCUUGGGAACCAAUAAUAUGCCCCGGCAAAUGCAAUUGUUACACACAGUUUGAAUUCCUGCACAUCAAUUGCAAGGGUGCGGAACAUAUCGAACAGCUCUCACGCCCCGAGCAAGUUAGGCUCAAGAGUUCGGUACUCGAUAUUAGCAAUAACAAUUUCAUUGUAUUGCCAUUAAACACCACCUUCGGCUAUAGUAACGUUUCGCAACUCAACGUGUCGUCCAACAAAAUCACGAGCAUAUAUAUCAGUCAACUUCCAACCAAUUUGACGUUUUUAGAUCUACGAAAUAAUCGCUUAAAUUCUUUAAAUUGUGAAUUUUUACGUACAUACCUCAAUGAGAGCACAAAACUACAAUUUCUCUAUCUAAGCUAA